AUGUCUUCCGGACCGGCUCAUAGAGUUCAGUCAGCAGUGGUCGAGUAUGGAUUUCCUCAAGGACAUCUCGGUCACCUUACAACAGAGGAAGAAGCGGCUUUAAAUAACUUCAAAGUUGUUUGCGCAGAGAAGGGUUUGUACGAGCCUGGAAAUGGAAGUGAUGAACCUGCAUCGCACGAAGAUGCUACACUUCUACGAUUUCUCCGAGCGCGCCGGUUUGUUGUAUUGGAUGCCCUUAAACAAUUUUCGGAUACAGAAGAAUGGCGAAAAGAGAAUGAAUUAGAUCAAUUGUAUGAGACUAUCGAUUUGGAACAUUACGAAGAGACCCGCAGACUUUACCCACAAUGGACAGGACGACGCGAUCGACGUGGUAUUCCUGUAUACGUAUUCGAAGUAUCAUAUUUGACUGGCAAACGAAUGUCUGCAUAUGAGAAAUCCGCCGUCGAUACACAUACGAAAACCAAGCAAGAUGGCAAAACCUCUGGAAAGUUAUUGCGCUUAUUCGCUUUAUACGAAAACCUUACACGAUUUGUUAUGCCAUUAUGUACAGUUCUGACCGAUCGAGAUCAUCCUCGAACCCCCAUCACACAAAGUAAUAACAUUGUUGAUAUCUCUGGAGUUGGAUUGAAACAAUUUUGGAAUUUGAGAGGGCAUAUGCAAGAUGCAAGUACUUUGGCUACAGCUCAUUACCCAGAAACUCUUGACCGCAUUUUUGUUAUUGGUGCACCAAGUUUCUUUCCAACAGUUUGGGGUUGGAUUAAAAAAUGGUUUGAUCCAAUUACAACAUCUAAAAUCUUCAUUAUCAGUCACAACGAUGUCAAGUCAACUUUAGAAGCCUUUAUCGAACCUAGAAAUAUUCCCAAGAAAUAUGGUGGUGAAUUAGAAUUCGAAUUUGGAGAUAUGCCUACUUUGGAUCCGGCAUUAGAAGCAGUUACCACUUGGAAUGGAGCUGGCUCAUUUCCAGGAGGACCCAUGUAUUGGGUCAAUACUAAAGAUCAAGAGUCGAUUCAAGCGAUCGCAGUUGGAAGUAGUGAAAAGAAGGAGAGAAGAGAAGAAGUUUGCACAAUUAAGAAAACUAUCAAGGAUAAUGAUAAUAUGGGAACAAUCGCUACAGAUGCAACCACCGAAACUCCAUUACCCGUUCAAUCAGAAACACUCGAAGUACCCGGCGCAACACCUGCAGUCAUAAAUACUACCGCCGGGUCCAAUUCUCCUUUGAAUCAAGGAAUUCCAAUAGACGAUCUCGCGAUUGAAAAUGGUGAAGUGGUCUCUAAUUCAAGACCUGAAUUAGAAACCUUUCACACAGCUCAAGAUGGAUUAACCAAUUUAUCCAUCACCAGUCCCCCAGCAGAAGAAGUCCUCGUAAAUGGCACAACGGAAUCUCCUCACACCACAACAACGGCAAAUCAAUUAGAUCCAAAUCUUAACCAUGAUGGAGCUGGAGCCGAACCAGCAGUAGCAGCGGGAGAAUUGUCAAAAGCAACAACUCAACAGGAAAGUAUUCAUGAUGAGGUACCAGCCUUACCUAUGUCUCUUGUAGCGGGUUCUGAAACUUCGAGUACGCCGGGCGCGAGUGAUAAAAAGGAAAAGAGGAAGAGUCUUUUGGGGGGUUUGAAGGGAAAAUUAACGGGUCAUCAUUGA